AUGACUUUGACCUAUAACAGCAGCGAGCUGUACCUCAAAAGUGUGAAAACGCCCUCCGUGUGCUCAUGGCAUGCAGAGAAGGAGUUUGAUUUUUAUCCGAACAUCUUCACACAAAGAGUGGAUUUACUGGAUCAGAUUUCAAGCUUAGUACCAGCCAGCAGGAAUGUGACUCUUUAUGUGGAGAACCAGGGAUGUCCAGUGCUGGACAUUGGCCUGUAUUCAACUCUCACAAUGGCAACUCAGGAAGCAUUUGGAUCAAGCUUUGCGGAUGAAUUCAGCAUGCUUAUUCAGCUGCGCAGCUCUCAGAAUGUGGACCGAAGUUUGUUGACUUUGCUGAACUUCUACAAUCACAUUUUACUGCAGAUCCGUAUAGGCCUACACAGCAUCACCUUCAUCACCACGCAGCAGCGUGACUAUGAGUUUUCAGUGUCUGGGCUGUCUGACUCUCAGUGGCACUGGAUCUCUGUGGGCGUUUCGUUUGAAUGGUUGGCUGUGUAUGUGGACUGUGUACUAGUGGAGAAAGUGAGCUGGAUGUAUCCUUACAUGGGCAUCACUACAGAUGGGCUGCUGAUGGUGGGGGGCAUCCUGGAGGGGUUUGAGACGCCCUUUGAGGGAGAACUGAGACAGAUGACUUUCAUAAUGGGAGAUGCAAAUGCUGCCAAGGAUCACUGUACUUUUUACCAGCAUAUGUGUGAACCUCUGAGAGAAAACAGCUUUACCGAGACCGAGAAGAGCACUGAGAACUCAAGUUCAUCUUCCAAGAAUGAAAAUCUUCGAAGUGAACUAAACACUUCAUCUCAUACCUACAUAACUUCCAAACAUUCAUCUCAUGGCUUCGCAGUGGUGGAGGAGUCUGAUCUUCUCUCAUCUCCACUCAUUGGCACACAUAGCAGGUUUAAGGACACCAGUGUCAGAAAGACUCAAUCCACCACAUCUAAAUCCUCAGAGGAGAACUUCACUUCUCAGAAUCUGAAAACAGGCUUGGAGGUUCAUCUUCCAAAGCCCUCCAGGGACAUCACUGACCCGGAAUCUAUCUGGAACUUAAAGCAGUCAAUUGGUCAGAAGAAUCUAGUCAACUCUAGAGUCCAUUCAGAAGUUUUUGUUUUAAACCAGCUGACAGAAGAAGGUUUCUUACUUCCUUCUACCAGCUUCUCUGGGUCCUCCAGGAAAGUUAAACAGGCUGCGGUUGAUGAGUACAGAACAUCAGCAGGUGUCGGUCAAGAUGAAUAUAAACAAUCAAGCAAGAAAAGAGUUACGCCUAAACAUGGUGAUGUUAUAUUAGGGCUGGAUGGAAGGAGAUACAGACUGCUUGGUGGACCGCCAGGGCCUGUCGGACCUCAAGGGAAAAGAGGCUGUGCAGGUAAAAGGGGAUACAUUGGAGACAAAGGUGAUAAGGGUUCUCAAGGUGUCAAUGGAGCAUAUGGGCCAAGAGGCAUAACAGGUCCCCAAGGCCCACCAGGACUCCCAGCCAUCUAUCUGCAUAGGAACACACAGGAAGAUUGGGCUGAAUUCAGGAGAACACCUUACUACCAGUUGCUGAUGGCUGGAUGGCCUGGUGCCAUGGGACCCAAGGGAGUUCGGGGCCGUGCAGGGACUCAAGGGAGGGAGGGAGAGAAAGGGUCGGAUGGGGUACCAGGACCUCCAGGGAUACCUGGCCUUCAGGGUCCUCGUGGUUACAAAGGUGAGACAGCGCCCCCUGGGGAAAAAGGAGAUGAGUCUACCUCCUUCCAUGAACAGGGUUUUCCUGGUCCACAUGGCCCCAGUGGAGAAAAAGGAAAGACUGGCCACAAAGGAGCACCAGGUGCUACUGGAUUGGUUGGUGAACAGGGUGUUAACGGCACAGAUGGACCAGAGGGGCCAGCAGGUAACAGAGGCCUCCAAGGUAUUGAAGGGCCCAUGGGCGUAACUGGGAAUCCAGGUCCAAAAGGCUUUUCAGGAGUCACAGGACCACCAGGUGCACCAGGUAUCAUGGGUCCUCAGGGUGGGAGGGGCCAGUCAGGACUCCCCGGCUUACCUGGUGACAAAGGUCAAUCAGGCGCUCCAGGUACCCAGGGUGAAGACGGUGAAGUGGGUCCUCAGGGAAUGAUGGGAAGAGAAGGUCAAAAGGGUCGAGCAGGUCAACAUGGUUCCCCUGGUAUGCAUGGAAUAGUGGGUUUGCGUGGUCUUGUUGGUACCGAGGGACCAGAAGGAAAGCCUGGUACACAGGGAGUUCCUGGUUCUGCCGGAGGUCCAGGAGAUAAAGGAUCUCGUGUAAGGGCCUAA